CGCGUACCGAACGGGUUACUGUGCGAAAACAGGGAAUCUUACAUUUACUGCCCGAUAAUUCGCAAAUUUCCAGUUAUCCGAUUUCGUAAUAACAUUAUAAUAAUUAUUUUACAACAACGAGCGUGAGAACGAUUUUAAAUACGAAUGAACUUUGAAGCUACAUGUGCUCGAUUAAUAUUAACGACUCGAUUUUAAAAUAACAUUACAGUUUUAUAAUAACGGUAAUUUUAUAGCAACAACGGUGUGAGAAAUUUCGAGCACACCCGAAUUUUAAAGUUGCGUCGAGCUAUUUAACGCCGAUUUCGUGAUACAGAUAUUACAAUAGUCAUUUCGCGAUAUGAUAACAAUCGUGAAAACGAUUUUAAAGUUACGCUGAUGUGUUUAAUGUUGAUAACCCGGUUUCGCGAUGACGAUAUUGUAGUAACAAUUUUAUGAUAACCAUCAUGAGAACGAUUUAAAACACGGUUGUAUUUCAAAGUCUCAUAGACAGUUUGGCAUUCGUAAGAAUGGAAAAUUGGAUUCAGACGUGUUUAUAAUACGGAAUAUGUAAAAUGCAGAUGAAAUAAUGAUCGAUGUGGGAAAAUGAAGCACUCGUGAGAAAUUCAUCGACUCGUGAUACUCGGUUCUGCUGUAAUCGAACAUUACCAUUAGUUUUUGAUGUCAUUGUAAUUAUAUCGUUACAAGCACGACACGAUACUGUCACCACUUCUCUUCGUUUGCCGUCUGUCGUAUUAUGCGACCGAAUGAAAAACCGCGAUGCAAGGAAUAUAGAGAUAAAGAACGAAUCGGCCCUCGAACAAGAACAAGUAUGCACCGUGAACGCGGUUGUUAAGUACAAUUCUAUCAAUUUUAAGAGGAGCAACAAAGAAAGGAAUUUUCUAUGCAACACAGAUUUACUUCAUUGAAUCGGGAAUAAAUUACGUCUGAUAAUCAAUCGCACCAGCAAUCCAAGUGUUCGUGUUUUUGUCUGUCGAAGAUUCUGUGAAAAAUUUUAUUCGAUACGAGAAGCGGAAUUGUGAAGUUGUAUCGCUGGAACAGACGUGUUUCCGAUGAAAUUGUACUCUCUAACAGAUUGAGCAUCGAAUGUUAUUACAUUCGUUUUCAAAUGACAAAUUCGUGAACAAUUUCGUGUAAACAUUGCGUGCGAUGUAUUCGAUAAAUUGAAAGAAAUUAAAAAAGAAAAUAACAGAAUAAUGAGAGAAGCGAUAAAAUCACAGAAUUAUUACCGAACAAAUAAUAUUUAAAACCGGAAUUACCAAGGAGUAUAAACACAAACUACAAAAACCGAAAACGAAGUGUAAACAUAAAACUGAAACGCGUAGUUAUAAAUAUAAAUAUUCUUGCACAAAAAUAUUUCACGUGUGACAAUGGAAAAUAAUAAUUAAAUAUACACUGUGAGAAAAUAAAGGUGAUAAAAAUCAAAUUUCUACGAGGAAUUCGAAAGACGCGAAAAUUGCCAAGGAAGGUCCCUUUCGAUCAUUGCAUCCUCUUCGAAACACGCGAAGAACAAAUCGAAGGAACCCUAACCUCAAUGUCAGUGGUAAAUGCGGGAUGCCGAAAAUAUGGAUUAUUUACAAAUUUCAAACUGGAGCAAUGCUUUGGAUAAACGACACUGAAGACACGAACGAAACAAAGGCAGCCAUUUGGCGAAUAAAAGGACCCAGUGUUCAACAAAUGUGAACAAUCAACGAAAUAACGGCGCCAACGAAGUCCUGCGACUUCUCUCAGCUGAAUGUUGCCAACUUAGCGCGAACCCAGUGUCCACUCGUCAUUUACGUGGAAGUUCUAAAAAUCCGUCGCUCUUUUUGGAAACAGCGACUAUCGGAGAUACGAUGACCGGGGAAAGCAAAGCAGAAGAGCACCAAAGAUGACUACGUAUCCUAGACGGCCAUCAGUCUACUAUCUCCAGAACGUGUUACCACCCUGCGACAAUUUGACCGACUUCUUCAGCCACUCUAGCGGUCUUGACCUAGCCCUUGACGCUCGAUCAUGGCGCAACAUGAGCGAACUCGACCACCUGUUUCGUUCUGGUAUUCUGAACAACGUAACAUGUCUAGAACACGCGCCACAACUGACCAGCGCCACCUUUUUCAAAGUAAUCUUCUUGGCCGUGAUGACGGUGCUCAGUUUAGUCGGAAACGCGGCGACCAUCUACUCCAUCACGAGGAACCAUCGAAGACAACACGCUUGGUCAUCGAUCUACACCUUGAUCCUGCAUCUGGCAGUGGCUGAUCUGUUAGUCACGGUGUUUUGCAUGGGCGGAGAGGCUAUAUGGAGCUAUACGGUGGCGUGGAUCUUCGGAAACGUCGUGUGCAAGUUAUUCAAGUUCUUGCAACUGCUCAGCUUGUACCUUAGUACCUUCGUCCUGGUGUUGAUAGGCGUGGACAGGUUCUUCGCGAUACGAUAUCCGAUGAAAGGACUGAGCACUGCUGACAGGUGUUUGAAACUGAUCAGCGUGAUAUGGAUACUGUCUAUAGUGCUGGCAACACCUCAGGCUAUCAUAUUCCACGUAGCCGAAGGACCAUUCGUCGAAGAGUUCACGCAAUGCGUAACCCAUGGAUUUUAUACAGAGCCAUGGCAGGAACAGCUUUACGUAUCUCUCAGCUUGUUCUUCAUGUUCCUUCUUCCUCUGGCCAUUCUUAUCACCACAUAUGCUUCCACCGUGAUUACAAUCUCUCGCAACGAGAGAAUGUUCAAAUUGAAGCUGACCAAUAAUAAUAUGUGUCACGUGAACGGAGACAUGAAUCGGACGAAAUUAAUGCAUCGAGCAAAAGCCAAGUCAUUAAAGAUCAGCAUUGUUAUAGUAGCUGCCUUUAUCAUUUGGUGGACACCAUAUUACACGAUGAUGAUCAUUUUUAUGUUCCUUAAUCCUGAUAAGCGUCUUAGCGAGGAAUUGCAAAGCGCAAUCUUUUUCUUCGGUAUGAGCAACAGUUUGGUAAAUCCUAUAAUAUAUGGCGCAUUUCACCUCUGGCCACGCAGAAAACGUCAAAAUUUCACUCACAGAGACCUGUCUACGACACAACGUAGACUCACACAAACGAGCUAUGGAAAUAACUACAAACGAGAUUCACGAGAAACGCGAACACUAUUGAUACCGAAAAAUAAUUCGAACACUAACAUUUGAGCAAGAUCGAUAAAAAGAUCGAGUACGAAUCGAAUCAUAUUUUGUUAAUUGAUAAACUUUUA